UCAGAUCUCCUAGCCAUCGUGCUUCUUCGUCCUCCUCCUCUAAACACAGUUCCCAUUUGCGAACCAUCAUCCUCUUCUUCUUCAAGCUAUCUUCCUACUCCAAUGGCGAUGGUCGACUCCCCUUUUACUUCUCUCCUUCAAGCCUGUUAAGAUCUCGUUCUCGAAGAUGGUUAGGAAUGAAUCGAGAACCUCGCGCGAAGAAUGGUGAUGUAAGGUAGAGCAAUCGCGCCCUGUGAAGACGAUGACUGAAGCUCGUGUGUGGCUCGACACCUUUGAUUCUGGGUUGGGACGGAGAAAUAUCUGUGAGCUAUCUUGUUCCUUCGAUUAUGCGUGGCUUGACACCUUCAUUUCUGGGUUUAUGGGUUUCUGGGAUUCUGGGUAUCCUUCGAAGUGCGAGAGGGUUCAUUUUAAACGGUUUCAUUAUAUUCAAGCAGCUUACUUGUUCCUUCGAUUAUGCGUGGCUCUGGAAAUAUGAUUUAUCUUGUUCGAUCUCGGUUUGAACUAAGAUUUGGGUUCACAGAUGGUGGCGAAGAAGAACGUGGGAAGGCUGGUGGAGAUAUUGGAGGAGGUGGCGGCAGCAAGUUCUGGGUUUUGGGUUCUUGCUCCUUGCUUUCUAAUUUGGGAAUUCGAUUGUUGGGUUUGAUUUGUUCAGUUUUGAUUUCCCUCUCCCUCUCGAUCUUCGUCUUCGAUUUCCUGAUUGUUGCAGAGCGAAAGCGUUGCAUUUGGAUCUCCCUCUCCCUCUCGAACUUUGCCUUCGAUUUCCUGAUUAUUGAAUCUGGAAUUAUUGUUUUAAUGGUAGUUUUUGUUUAUUGUUGAUUGUUGAAUCUGGAUUCUUGUUUAUUGUUCUCCAGUGACCGUUCUUUUAGUGGGCAAUAUGGAGAAGGGUAGCUGUGUUGGUCUAGGGUUUUUUUAUCUGACUAAGGGUAUUUUGGUUUUUUAAUAUUAGGAAUAUAUAUUUUGGAUAAAAAUUAGAGCAAAAUUCCAUCAACAAAUCAACCAUAUUUUUAAAUCUCAUAUCCAUUUUCAUUUCAAUUUCCAUUUGUGCAUUCACAUCUAUCUUCAUUUCCAUCAAAAUUAUUUCGGGCCUUCACACUCACUUCCUCCGUUUGCUUCUCCUCGUCCGCAUCGCUUCACAUUAACAGAUGGGAUUCCUGUGACGCCGGCGACCUUGAUUCUCUCACGGAUCAAGCUCCUAUUCGUAUUUCGAGGUCAUUUCGGAGCCGAGAAGGAACGUGCACCUGGCCGUAUGUGAUUAUUGAGGAAGGAGACAGAGCAAGGAAAUUCGGGUUCGAGAAAAGCAGCUAGCACUUGGGUUCGAGUUUGUCUGACCUUAUACAAGUAACUUGAGGUUUGGGUCCGAGCAGAUAGAGAUAUCUUGUGUGGAGUUAAAAGCCAUAAAAACCAUACUAUCAGGAAGCUUUGAAGGCUUAUAUGGAUCUUGGAUUUUUGCUCAUUCUCGUUAUCCUAGUUGUGAUAAGCUGAGAUCUGUUUUCCUUGCUUAUGAUUGAUACCUAGAGGUAAACAUUGACUUCUGACUUGCCAUUAUGAAUAUCAGGAGGCCACGAUCAAGAGCUCAAGCACAAAGUAGAAAGGUUUGCGGAUUUCAUGGCUUUGAGAAAGAAUCUUUGGCAGACUGUUCUAUAUAGAGAAUUCGAUGGGUGCCUUGUGUACCCUCGUCGGCUCUAUAUUACUAAGGUCAACCUAAAGAAGCUCCGACCCAUGAUUCACCAGAGAAUAGAAAAACGGGCCAAUGAAUAUCCAGUUCGUGCCAUGGUUCUGGUUGCACUGGAGGUCCUCAAGGCCAGGAAUGUUCUCAUCCAAGGCGUUUCUACCCUUCUCAAGUCCUUUCCUGUCAUGGCUUGCAAAUUCUGUCCAGAGUUAUUUAUUGGUGAGAAGGGACAUUUAAUUCGGACUUGCCAUGGCUACAAGCAUCGUGCCAAGAACCGGUGUCAUGAAUGGGUUGCAGGUGGUUUGAAUGAUAUACUCGUUCCAGUUGAAACGUAUCACCUAAACAAUAUGUUCCAAGGUGUUAUUGAGCACAACCAAAGGUUUGACUUUGAUCGCAUUCCUGCUGUUGUUGAACUAUGCUGGCAGGCCGGGGCUGACCCUUACAGUGAUAUUGCCAGCGGCAGUUUCCGAGGAAGCGAGUUGUUGUCACCAAAUGAUCUUACCUUAGUAGCAAAUAGAACAUUAACAGCUUGGGAGACUCUUAGGUCUGGGGUGCAGAAGUUGCUGUUUGUUUAUCCGGCAAAAGUCUGUAAAUAUUGUUCAGAGGUUCAUGUGGGGCCAUCUGGCCAUAAAGCUAGGCUUUGUGGUGUGUUCAAGUAUGAGAGCUGGCGAGGAGCUCACUUUUGGACAAAAGCAGAGGUGGAUGAUCUCAUACCUCCAAAGAUUGUAUGGAGACGGAGACCUCAAGAUCCUCCUGUACUUGUGGAUGAAAGGAAAGGUUACUAUGGGCGUGUACCAGCUAUUUUGGAUUUAUGCGUAAAAGCUGGUGCCGUUGUGCCUGCAAAGUACAACAGUAUGAUGAAAGCGCAAGGUUUAUCUGGCCCUGCCUUUUCUUGAUUAGGAUGAAAAAUGGCAAAUGGCAUGAAAACUGAUGCUUAAAAAUCUUUGAAGCCAAUAGUGCGUGGGAUGAAUUGUGAGCCUGAUUUGGUUUUGGGCCGUUGUAAUAUCCUGAUAAUUAUGAUAUUUAAAAUAAUAUAUUUAGUUAUUUUUAUUA